GGCCAAUCCAAUCCAAUCAGUCAUGCCCGCGUCAGCAGCCCUAAUUGUCUCGACAGACCCAGCGCCAAAAGCGACACCCACACACAACUGCGCGGUAUGUGUCGUGCUCUGAUUGCCCCGGCCCUCUCGGGUGUGGGCAUCUUGUUUGGGACGUCCUCGACCCGGUAGUAGCUGCUCUGUUGGCCCGCCUCCCCAGCCACAUGCCGCCUUAUCUCGUGCGAGUGCUCCUUGAUAUCGUAGGCAGUGCUGCCGCCCGCCCCUCUGUGUCUCUCGGUGUCCUUCGGCCCGAACAGCCCCUCACCGCCAGCAAGACCCGCCCCAGGACGGCCGCGCGUGAAGGCCAUGCCUGCCCUCAUAUCGCGCCACUCGCCAACCUUCCUCUCGCCCACAUAGAACUCCCCAGAGCCGUCCAGGGCCACGGACAAGCGGCGCAGGUCACACGUCAUCAGCUCGUGCUCGUCGCCGAUAAGCGCAGUGAGGCCACCAAAGAGAAUGACGGUGCAGUCGGGGGCCACCAGAUCGCCGCAGCCGGAUGUGCUGUUGACGUUGGUGAGGUUGAAGGGGCCGCGGUGCACCACCUUGAGCUCGCCUUGGUCCACCACCUUGAGCUCGCCAGAGUCAGGCAGCCACGCGAGUGCGCGGACCUGAAUGACGCCCUCCUUCUCGUCACAGGGAGCGCAGUCGAGGCCGCCGCAGUCCACGUCUGUCUCGUCACCAUUCUGCACACCAUCACUGCCCAGUUAACACAAGACACACAGUAGAAGCAGAGACACGAAGCGACCGAUCGACCAACGUGCGUACGUGCAGGUGGGUGCGGGGCAGGGUUUGCACGAGCCGCCGCAGUCGAUGCCAGUCUCGUCCCGUUCAUGGCAUGGUCGGUGCAGUUGCCCAGCACAGUGACGAAGUGCAGCCGCUGGCAGCCCACCGACCGGUCGAAAGUGCCGUCGCUCCUGCACGAGAAGCUGAAUGCCGUCCUGGAAGGGUCGUUGACCUCCGGCGCAUCCUCAGCCAUCGCCACGCCCUCCGCUGCCGCAUACCCCUCGUCACACGAGAGCAUCAGCGUCUCUCCAGGCUUGACGAGGCCGACGCCGUUGCACCGGUACAGCCGUCGCUGGCUGUUUGCAGAAGCCCUCUUUGUCUCACAUUUGAGGGCUCCGUCAACAUAUGGCACUCUGCACUCGACCUCCUGGUCGAUGCUUGAGGGCGGGAUGACGUUGAUGGUUCCCAUGUGCGGUGAGUCGCUGAGUGCGGCCUUGAAGGCCUGGACGAGAAGGGCUUGUGGCGUGUCGACUAGGCGGGCCCUGAGGGUGGCCUGUGAGAGGAUGGUGCUGGUGACCUUGACGAACUGGUGCACCUCACUCUUGACGUCGCCCCUGACAUCAAGAUCGACAAAGGACUGCUCCUUCGCUCCGGUGGCAUUCUUAGGGCGUUGUUGUUGUUUGGUGGCGUUGCAGAGUGCGACGGUGGCCUUGCCGCCUGUGGGGUUGAAUUGCCCACCGGUGUUGGGCUUGCACGCGUCCUCAGCGGCUGAUGACGGGGGGGUCUUGUCGCUGGAGUCGUCAUCGGAAUCAUCAUCGGCCUCGUCGUCACCUGCAAUGCCAAACACAACCCAAGCAGUGAGACAAGCAACAGUGUCUUUGCUGGCGCGUCUCUCUCUCUCUCUCUCUGUGUGUGUGUGUGUGUGUACUGUCGUCGUCGUCGUCAUAUGAUUCAUCCUCCUCCUCAUAGAACGACAU